AUGUCUACGACUAAAAUAACAAUUAAUGCUGAACCAUUGUCAGUCAAUAACUUUAGACCAUAUGGAUCUAUUGUAUCUCCACGAGAGCAAAUAACUAAGGAAAUAGGAGAAAAACAAUGCAAUGCUAAUCAAGGAACAGCAAUUAAAAUAAGAAAGAUUACCCAGCUUCAAAAUGAUUUCAACGUUAAAUCAACUUCAAAUAUUAACAUUUUUCAAUGCUUUCCACAAACAAUAAAAACUGAAGAGGAAAAAAAUACACAACAUAUUUGUAAAAUAUUAGAGAAGCACCCAUAUAGUUCCCAAACAUUUAUCCCGCUGUGUGGGAAUCCUGAUAAAUACCAAUAUUUAGUUAUUGUAUCUAAUGGCACUGAUAAACCAGAUUUUACUUCUUUAAAGGCAUUUUUAUGCAGAGGAGACCAAGCAGUAACAUACGGUAAGGGUACUUGGCAUGCACCAAUGAUAGUUAUUAAUGAUGCACCUAUAACUUUUAGUGUGUUAAUUAAUGAAUGUGACAUAGAUGAAAUGGAUUGUGUUGAAUAUGAUAACGUUCAAAUCACCGUUAAUUUAUAA